UUUGCCAAGUGACAUGAUGCUCAUAUGAUGUCAUCUUCCCUCCUACUCCAGGGUGAAUGUUCUCAAAUGUGCUACAACAUUUUCAUUGUGGAAUCAGUCUGCGUUGGAUGGUUUUCCUUGGAAUUCCUCUUGAGAUUUAUCCAGGCACCAAGCAAAUUUGUGUUUCUGCGGCACCCUCUGACAUUAAUUGAUAUAAUUGCCAUCCUGCCCUAUUAUAUUACUUUGCUACUGGACAGUGCUUCGGUGAGUAGUAAUAAAAAGCCAAGCUCUGGCAACAUCUACCUGGAUAAGGUAGGCCUGGUACUCCGUAUACUCCGUGCCUUGAGGAUUCUCUAUGUCAUGCGGCUCGCCAGGCAUUCACUAGGUCUGCAGACCCUGGGACUCACGGCUCGUAGGUGCACACGUGAAUUUGGACUAUUGCUGCUGUUCCUUUGUGUAGCCAUUGCACUUUUUGCUCCCCUCCUGUAUCUGAUUGAAAACGAGAUGGCAGACUCUCAGGAGUUCACCAGUAUUCCUGCUUGCUAUUGGUGGGCCGUUAUCACCAUGACAACAGUGGGCUAUGGCGAUAUGGUACCCAGAAGCAUCCCAGGCCAGGUGGUGGCUCUGAGCAGCAUCUUGAGUGGCAUCCUUCUUAUGGCCUUUCCUGUCACUUCCAUCUUCCACACAUUUUCUCGUUCAUACAUUGAGCUAAAGCAAGAGCAAGAGAGAAUUAUGUACAGGAGGGCCCAGUUCUUAAUGAAAACCAAAUCCCAGUUAAGCAAUGAAUCGCAAGGGAGCGACAUAUUUCCGAAUGUGUCUUCUGAGACCAGAGACAGUGUCUGAUAACGGAAGUUUCUACGUCUGCCUGUUGCUGGGAAGCAGGAAUAGCUUUCCUCUUGGCAUUUGCGUCUGGAGGCACUUGGGAAACCUAUUGUACAAACAACGUGCAAAAGGCUUAUAGCCAUGAUGACAGUGAGAACUUAACCAUUAUGCAUAUCCACACUAUUAUUAGGACUUGAAAUAAGAUUACUGCUUUUGGGCAGACUCCACAAAGGAGGAGUGACUUCUUCAUAAGAUCACAAAGCCAUUUGAAAGGGAAAAGAAAAUGAGCAUUAUUGGCUAGAAGGAGAAGAGUGUAGAGUUACACACAGGCUGCAAAUAUUCCAUUUGUAAUAUAACAAAAUGAGCCAUUUCCCUAGAAAACGACGGUGAAUGUAACAGUUUGGUCAUUUGGUUAAUUGACUUUUCUUGUUCAUUUCUGUCAAGACAUGUAAACUUUAACCUUUCGUAGAUCCAAAUGAAUUCUUGGGUGUAUAACUCCAUUAUUUGUAAUGGAGUGAACAGUUUGUUCACAGGGAAGGUAAUUUCUGUUUUUAAAAAGUACAUUGUUAGUGUUUGCUCCAGAGUGCAGAGAGAUCUCUCCAUUUCACUCUUUCAGUUGCUGACAUCCUAAGCUUCAAAUGCAGGACCCAUUAACAGAUACAGAUCAUGAGAAUAAAUCACUUUACUAUGUUUCUCUUUUUUUUUUCCAGGCAUCAUUUAAAUAACAGCAGAAAGCUGGUUCCUAAGCAGCCAUAUGAUUACUUGCAGCUUGUUUUUUUUUAAAUGGGUGACUUUUCCUUCAAGAGAGGAAUAAACAAAAAUGUUUUCAUGGAGAUUUUGUGUAACCAAGUUAUAAGUUCCAUCAUGUCUGCCACUGGAACUUAGUUUUCUAUUUGCACAAUUUCCUCUUGGAUUGGUUGGAACUAGGGCGCUUUAAACCUUUCAGUGCCCUUCAUGCUCAUCAGCCUAUGAAUGAGUAUACUGUAGAGUUUUUCAUUUACUUUCUCUUGGAUACUGACUGUGCUGGAGUAGCCAGAAACGGUUUCCUGCUGUUCCCUCUAGUGUUCAUAGUAAAGGGAAAGUAGGAAUUUGCAAAAUAAGCAAGUGUGCAUUGAAAUAUUAUACUUUCCCAGCUAUGGUAUUUUAAAAAAAAAUGGGUAGAAAAAAAUAUCAAAUCUAGCUUUGUUGCCAAAAAUGUUAGCUUGUCACUGAUGAUAACGCCUUUAGAGGAGCAGAAGUAAUAAUUACUGGAAGCAACUCAGUAGGUUUCCCAUUAAUAAGACAUAAUGGCUUUCUGCUGCCUGCUUUGCCUUUUCCCAGUACAAUAAGCUUCAAAAUAAACAAAACAUAUAGAACACUAAAAAGCAGCUAAGAAUCUUUCCUAUGUAAUAAGCUUUUUCAUUUGGGUGUAAUGCACACCAGCAUAAAGCAGCUUGUUUUGCAAUAAUCUGAAACAGCGUCUUUCUUGGCCUGAAUUAAACUAUGUGCUUGGUGAAACCUAUAGUGUGACUUAGCCAUAAGCAAAAGACUAUCUUCCCUCUCCAUCCCCCAACUCCUCGCCCCACCCCAAAAGCUGGAUCUGGUUCCAGUGAGAAAAUUCACAUGACUUCAUCACAUGUGCCUUUGCGAUGCAGAUUCGCAUUCAAUAAACUAUUUCUGCUCAGAUAGCCUAGCUGAUGCCCUAGGGCUGGUUUUAUGCAUGAUACAUAAAGUAAUAAUAUUGUGGCUUAAUGUGAUCUAUGAAGCCAAUCAUUUUGGUCUAUGAACCAUAAUUUAUGCUUUGGUGUUCUAUGUGAAUGCAGCCAUCAUUACUUAUUGAGCAAAUUGGUAUUAUAAUGAACCAUGGUACAAAGGUCUUGUGCAAUUUUGUCAUACUAGGCAGAUAACAGUCUGGGUAGAUUACAACCCAGACUGACAACAAUCUAAAAUUUUGCCAUUUUUUUUAAUCAGCAACUUUAGUAUUGAAGAUGUUGCACUAUAAUGGAUGGAUGAUAAACUGUAUUUUGGCAAAGAUGGGAAUUUAACUAGAGAAUCUGCAAUGAUAAGAACAAUAAGGUCAGAUGGGCCUGAAUCCUGAAAUAAAAUUGGUCUUCUGUGAUUGAUCACUUACAAUGUACAAUUCCAAAUAAGUUACUGUUUCUUAUCAACUUUGCAAAUUCAAAGACUAUUAGUAACAACCCUAAUAACAGCUUAUUAACCAUCCAUCCAAUUUUUCUAUUCCUCGUUUCUUCUUAAAACUGUUCUAUAAUUCACAUUUAUUUUUGUAUACAACGUUCCCUAAACAUUACGUAUUUUAUAUGUCUUUCUAAAAUACAUAUUUGGAGGUAAGCAUAUCUGUUUUUGAAUGCACUAGCAACCACAACACAGUAUGUGGAAGAAAGUACAAGAAAGUAGGAAAAUUGUAUAUAUUAAUUGAGAAAAUAUACAUUAUGUUUGCUAAAAAUGUAGUCCAGACAAAACUAUCCAUAUUUGCCAAAUGACCUUGAUUUCUUUUGUGGAAGGAAAGUGCUGGUUUGUAUUGUGGUUUAUAUUUUCUGUCAGUUAGCUGGGACAAAUAGGGGAACUCUUUAUAGUGGUUUUAGCUCCAUGGUAUUUACAUGACAAAUCAAGUGCUCAAAUGAAAAUGCAUGCAAAUCUGAAAGACAAGGAACCAGAUACCACCAUGACACAUAUGAAAUAUGAUGUAUAUGAAUAGACAAUACUAAUUUACAAUGCAUAUCAGAACAUGGUGGGUUGGUCUCCCUCUCCCAGUUUAUUUACAACAGCAAGAAUUUGACAUAUUCUGUAAUAUUUCAGAUGUGGAUCCUGCAGGCCGGUCAUCUCCCUGUUUUUUCAAAAUUAAGUCUUUGGAGCUCAGGCACACAUAUAAUUGCAAGUUUAGCCAGUCGUCAGAAUCCAGGAUGAAUAAGGCACAUUUUGCACAAUGCUAGAUGCCAUUGUCAUUUGCCAAAGAAGCAGUCUUCAUUUUAGGCCAAGAAUCUGGCACAAAACUGUGGUAGUUGGUAUAAAAUGGGGCAAGAACUACAGCAGAAGGAAUGUACCAGCACCUUGGCAGCUGGGGCAUUCUAAUGAAUCCAUCAUUUAUCUUGGAUGAUGCUGUUUAGCAAGAGGUAACCGUCUUCCCCCUGCUAUCUCAACAGAUGGAGCACCAGUAGCAGUAGCUACUAAUAAGGCUGCAGUCUUGCUCAUUUUACCUUUGCUAUGAAGUACUUUGAAUGGCGUACAAAUAAGUAAACCUGCAAGGGACUGGACCUUCUAAAACAUUAUUUAGUUUGUUUUGGCCUUGUACCUUGCAAUUAAAUUACUUUCAAUUUUAAAUGAUAAACAUUCAUCAAUCUGUAAGAAAUUACUUUUUUUUUUAAUUUUCAGAACGUCAAAGUUGGCAUGCUAAAUUAAUGCUAAAUUAAAACUGCGUAUCUUGACUCAGAAAUCAUAACAUUAGCACUGAAGCCCCAUAAUAUCACCACUUCCAAAUGUGGAGAUUUAACAUUAACUCUAACCAGAAUUUAAAUGUACUUGAUUUUUAAAAUCUAUUAUACUGUAUUAAGAUUAUUAAAAAGAAGGAAUUUCUCUAGCUUGAUGGGCCCAUUUUUUUUAAAGAAAUAAAAAAGCACCUCGUGUUUUUUUUUUAAAUAUCAUUGGAGCCAAGAUAUCAUCUAUGAAAAAGCAAUGUUAUUUUAGAAGUUAACAACAGCGUGCCUGGAAUUGCCACCUGGUAUAAAGUGUGGUAAGUAUGAAAUGGAAACAUGAAAUAUGUGACAUCACAUAAAAAUCAGUUUUUAUCAGUGGCAAUUAAAGGCUGCUAUUUUGUUUCAUUAUCUUGUAUGCAUUUGUGUCUUGCCAUAGUGUGGAUAUUUUCAACUCAAGCUGUAGUUGAUUUAAUAAAAACGAUAUUUGAUUUUCA